AUGGAGAAAAUAAUCAAUAAUAUCCAAGCACAGCAAGAAGAAGUAAAUCUUAUCCUAAGCGUCCCUAAGCCAACAUUCGAAAAGGAUUUAUUAUUGCAACAAGCUAGGCCAGUAAAGGAACGAAGAGAGUACGAAUUCCUUUCAUACUAUCACUUGUCAUUUGUUUACAGCCAUUUCUUUGGUAAAAGAUCAAGAACCCUUUCAAACGAAGAAAGCAGACACCAAUACAGCAGUGAAUAUUCUGAAAACUGGAUUAUACAAGAUGAUUACAAACGACGACCACCUUUCGUACUCAGGAAAAGUGAAGAAGAUGCUAUACAAAUUAUUUCAUGGCUCGACACAAUCUGGAAAGUUGAUGUCGGACUUUCUCUCAGUGUAGAGAAAGGGCCUUGA